AUAUCAAAAUGAUGACAUCUAACUCCGUAGGAAUUGUCGAACGUACGAUCAUAUGUAUAAGGUCAAUAAGGUUCACGUUCUUGCGAGAUAGAUGGAGAUAAAUAGAGUGCUCUGUCUCUGUCUAAGGCAUUCACAUCAUGCCACGCCUCGGUAUAUGACUGGCGAGACUUAUUUAUAUGAUCGUGGUCACGACCAAUAAAUUAGCUACUCAUUUCUAUCACGACUCAAUUUUCGGAUGAUUUCCCUAGACAGUGUCGAGAACAGUUUAUAGUUUAUAUGAUUGUAGUCUGUCUCGCAGAGCGUAGUCUGAAAGCAAACCUUUCCAUGCUUUCCAUCUUGAUGUUUUUCGACUCGAAAGCUGGACGAUUUUCCCUAACGAAUGUGCAAACCUGUUUAUAUGACCAUAGCGAAUAGUGAUUGAGUAGUGGUUGAAUAUUUCACGACGUUAGAUUCAUGAAGCCUUCAUAUGUUUGCAAUAAACAGAAAAUUUAUGUAUAUAUUAUCGGAAGCAUAUUCAAGAUAUAUAAUAAUAUAUAACUUAACGAAUGUGUAUCCUGAAUAUAACUACAUAUAAUUUGUUGACAACAAAAGAAAGUUUUGCAAGAUAAGUGAAAGUUGAUCAAAGUGAAUUCUUGGAUAUUAUGGCAGACCUGACAAUUUAAAGGACGUUUGUUUUCUUGUUAUGAAUAUAAUUAUUAUUUCAUAAUAUUAUCGUGAACAUAUUUAUUAAUAUUGUCACAAUGAAUCUUGGAGUUAAUUGGGAGGAAGAGCAUAGACGGACAUUAUUAGAAGGAAAUGCAAUACUGGAUCGCUCAUCACAAUCUAUUGCUAGAUCUCAAGCAGUUGCUGUUGAGAGUGAACAAAUAGGGACAGAAGUAAUUUCUGAACUGAAUGAACAAAGGGAACGAUUAUUGAGAGCAGAUAGAAGAUUAUCCCAAACAGAUGAAGAAUUAGAUAAGACAAGAAGGACAUUAAAUGUUAUGCGAAGAAGAAUUUUAAUGAAUAAGUUUAUACUAGUUUUAAUUAUAUUACUGGAAAUAGCUAUACUUGGUGCUAUUAUAUAUAAAAAAUUUAUAUAAGAAAUAUAGAUUGUAAAUAUUAUCGAUAUUGUAUAUAAACAUAUAUAUACAUAUAA